GAAGAAAAAACAGUCCACCCGAGUCUGCUGCUGCUGUGACGUGUUACUGCCGCGGUUCAAACAGACCCGCGGAAAUUCAGUACGGAAAGAACCACACAGUCUCUGAACAGAGCUGGAGCGUCUGUUAGAUGUCCAUCAUGGUUCUGGAGUUCCAUGUCAUCAGGUGUUUCUCCUGUCAGAGCUUCCAGGUGCAACAGGUGAAAAAGGCCAACAAGUGGAGCUGUAAAUUGUGUGGAGAGAAACAGUCGCUGCUGAAGGAGUAUGGGCGGGGCUCCGGGGCAGACUGCAGACGCCACGUUCAGAAACUGAACGCAAUGAGGGGAGCCAUGAUGGAGGAGCAGGAGGGCAACACCUGGUCGCUAUGGGAGCAGCAGGUGGAGGCAGAGGAGCAGAAGCAGGGAGAAGACCAGGUGACACAGACUCAGGUAAGCCGCUGGACCAAAUACCUGGACACACCUAAGGAGGCGGAGGAGGAAGAGCCUGAGUGGAAUGUUCUGAUGGACAGGCAUCAGCUCCAUGGCAACAACAUGACUGACAGAGACUAUUCUGUCAGCAAGAGAAAGAGAAUGGAGAAGACAGACAGUCAGGAGGACAGCUGCUCACCUCACCAGCCAACCUAUCCGAAGAGGAAACCUGGAAGACCUUCAACCACAAAUAGUCCUCCCAGUCAGAAGGUCACCAGUCUUCCCAGUGUGAGCAGUGGUAUGGCCUCCAGGUGUGCUCGUUUCCUCAGUACUGGUUGUCAGGUUCAGGUGGCGAAGGGAUUGUCUGGGGGUGGCUGGAGCCAAUGUAUAGGUGGAGCCACUGCUAUGUCCUGCCCUGACCUUGCCCAGCCCCGCCCCCCGCUUCCUGUUUCCUCCAUGUUUGAGAGUGGCGACGACUUCAGCUUUGACGACGAUGACUUUCUGACGUGCCAGAGGGUGUAAAGAAAAUACAUGUUGAACAGACGAGCUGUUUGUUUAUCUGUCUUGUUUACUACAUACGUUGUUUAUCUGCCUUGCUUUUUACAUUGCAGGUUAUUUAAAACAUGCGACUCAGCAAAUCACUUUAGACUUAGUUUUUUUUUUUAUUAACAGAAACUGUCAGACAAAUGAAUAAAGAUGAGAAAACCACAGUCUUCCCUGAGGAAAUGUGCUGCUGACCAAGCAAUUAUUAAAGUUUUCUUUAACGCUGACAGAAACUCAGAAAUAAAGGAAACGGUUUCAUACUGCUUAAUGUAAACAAUGAUGUCAUUGGAGCUGCCUUUGAGAUCGCUGCCCAAAACUGAUGUAACUACGUCUGAGCGCUCUGCCCACAACAUCAUGUGACAUCAUCUGAUAAAUCAGGGGACAGGUAAACAGCAGUUUACAGGUUCACCUGACAGAGCCUGACCUUCAGCAGCAGCACCUGAACACAGCAUGAUUCAUAUCUUCAGGUGUUCCUGCAUCACUCAGUCUCUGCAUCGUUUCAGCUGCUCUUCAACUACUAUCUGUCACAUUAAACAAAAUAAACCAUAUUUUGGCA